CUUGACGAUCAAACGACUGCUUGAGCUUGAUUCAAGACAGACCAUCGAUAUAGUCGUCGCCCGUCGUUGACGUCAAUCCCGUUCGAGCCAAAACGCGAGCCUUUCGCGUUGAUUGCGCGACUUGGGGAGUUCAACAAUCAUCUACACGCACCUUUGACGUCGAGUCCAAGUCUUCUUUUCAGCUUGGACCGACCACCAGCUCGACGCCGAAAUACACAUCGUCAGAAGAUACAUCUUCCCUGAGUUCUUUUCAUCACACUUUGAAAACGCAGGCGAAUUCGGGCAAACAGGCACGACCAGCUACCAGAACGCGAAAACGAUCAAAAUCAAAGCACCUUGCGAAUCGCGAGCGAGAUGGUUCGCGGUACAAGAUCAGGCCGAGCAGGGUCUUCCCAGUCACACACCCAAACAGAAGAGACUACGAAUAAUGGAGAAGGCAUGGGCAUGAUGGUCGAUUCGGAACCUGCGUCUGGGUUGAAACGAAAAUCCCCUGAAGUAUCAACCCACCUAACCCCAUCCCCAGCCAAACGCACCCGUUCGUCAAUCUCUAAAGGCCUUAAUUCCGUCUCCCCAGUGCAACAGACCAAGACAGGAGUGGACCCCGUGGGUUCUUCCUCCGGUCCCGGUCCUAAGUUCGAUACCGCCGUUGAUCCUACUUCCAUUUCGAGCUCCGGAGCUGCAACUGGAGCUGGAGCUGUGGCUGCGACUGGCAACGGCACCGGACGACGAGUGAGAACUCGGAACAAACCCCACCCAGCGCUCGUCAACCUCAACCCGAACGGAAAUAACGGAACCUCUGGCGACAAGUCCGCUGGGAAGGGAGAGACGGAAAGGGAUGGAUUGGGGUCGAAGGAAAAAGGGAGUUACAUGAUGGACCUGAGCGACGUGGAGGAUGAAGCUGAAGUGGAAGUGGAAGGUGACCAGGAGAUGGAUGUGGAUGGGAGUCCGGGUUUGGGGAGCAUUCUCGGGAGGAAGAAACGGGGAGAGAUCUUGGGCGUGCUCGUAGCGUAAGCACCGAACUCCUCUUGCCUCAAUUCUAGAUCAUGAAUGGUUCAUGCAGGACGAUAAGAUCCACUCCGGACGAGAGCUGAUAUAAGAUGACUGUUGGCGCUACAAUGACCUGCUCGAUGUGUGAUGUGUUAACAGUAUGGAAACCCCAGAUCAUACCC